CCGUGCUUGGCCUCCAGCAAUCACAAUAUUUCUUACUUACCUACCGCGAGGAAAUCAUGUCCAAUACACCUAUCACACUCGGCUCACACGCAGACGUUGCUAUUGUUGACUUUGGGCCAUUUCUUGACGGCAGCGACAAGCAAGGGGUCGCAGACGCAAUGUUGACUUCCUUCAAGGAGGUGGGGUUUGUGUAUCUUGUGAAUCAUAGCUUGGACAAAGAGAAAAGCAAGAGUAUGUUCGAUUGGACGAAGAAAUUCUUCGCUCUGCCAGAGGAAACUAAACUGCUCGCACCUCAUCCUCCCAACGGGACACACCACCGCGGCUUUAGCGCCGCUGGCCGUGAAAAGGUCUCCCAACACCUCUACGACGAGAAAGACAUCGCCGCGAACCGCGCUAAGGCCCCAGACGUCAAGGAAAGCUUCGAGGUUGGGAGGGAGGAGGACGAACUGAUGCCCAACAUCUGGUUGCCGGAGGGGGUGUUGGAUGGGUUCAAGGAGGCGUGUUUGGACUUCUUUUGGACAUGUAACGAGACCAAGUUUACCAUUUUAUCGGCGUUGGCGCUCGGGUUACAUCUGCCAGAGAACUUCUUCGAGCAGUUCCACCAGACGCCGGACAAUCAGUUGCGGUUGUUGCAUUACCCCAGUGUUCCCAUCGCAUCCCUCGAAAACGACAAGAUCGCCCGCAUAGGCGCGCAUUCCGACUUUGGCAGCAUCACGCUUUUGCUGCAGGAUGAUGUCGGUGGGCUGGAGAUCGAGGAUCCGAAUCAUCCUGGGGUGUUCAAUCCUGUCCCUCCAGUAAAAGACUCGCUCAUCGUGAACGCGGGAGACUUUAUGAUGCGAUGGUCAAACGAUAUCAUCCGGAGCACGGUCCACCGUGUGAGGGCGCCACCCGGGCUCACGACGAAAGACGGGAUGACCCCCGAACGAUACUCGAUUCCUUAUUUCUGCUCCACGGACUUCAACAAAGUUGUCGAAUGUCUUCCUGGCACGUACGAUCCAGCCGACCCCUCCUCGAAGAAAUACGAGCCCAUCUCGGCACUGGAAUACAUCAUGAAACGACUCGCGGCCAGCUAUUGAUCUCUGGUCGUUCACCAUCCUCCUCCUUUCCAGUCGAUGGGAAGGAACGAUGUCGGAGAGUGCGUUCCUACUAUUGUCUUGCGUAGAAUAGCUCGACGGUGUGUACAAUUUACUGUAACUGUAAUGAACAAUUUUGAUGUCCUUAUACCCGGCAUACGAAAACGUUUGAGCCUUUCUUAUGUCAAUUCCUUGCUCAUCGUUUGGACGGCGCUUCAGGCUGACAGACUGGAGAACGAGCCCAGGAAUAGUGAAUGUAUUCUGAA